UCACUCAAUGCUGCCCAAACCUCCCAGCCACCCACGCUUCUCUCGUCCCUCCCUUUGUCGGUGUCUCCCGAGCCCUCCCCUCUCUCUCUCCCACUACAAAUCCCUCCCCCGCAUCCGCCGCAAAACCCUAGCCUAGCCGCCUCACCCCUACGAUUGCCGCCGCCGCCGUCGCCCGCGCAAGCUCGGGCGGCGCUCCCCCCAGCUCGGCCAAGAGGCAAGAGCCCCGGCGCCCUGCUCCGGCGGCGCCACACCGCCACCGCCAUGGACAUGGAAGUGUACGAGCGCCUCACCGCCGCCGAAACCAGGCACCACCGCGGCACGCGUUUCGAUGCGCUGAUCGGGCUCGACGAGGUGGAGGCGAGUGACGAGGAGGAGGAAGAGGAGGAGGAGGAGGAGCGCGCGGCGGGCGCCGGGCUCGGGGACGAGCUGCCCUGCCCGUUCUGCGGCGAGGAGCUGGACGCGGUGGGGCUGUGGUGCCACAUGGAUGACGAGCACCACGCGGAGGCUAAUGCCGGGGUGUGCCCAAUUUGCACAGAUAAGGUUGAUAAGAACUUGUUUGACCACAUCAGCUCACAGCAUCGAGGUUUCUUGAAGGAUAAGUGGAGAAAUCAGAAAGGUUCAUCUGGGGCACGUUAUUCAACACUUGCCUUAUUGAAGAGAGAUUUACAUGAGAGGAUAAAUGGAUCGUCUCGUGCUGCCCCAGUGAGCACAGUGCCUGAUCCUCUGCUGUCCUCUUUUGUUGGUAACUUUUAUGAAGUAGAUUUGCCAAAGAAUGCUAAGAAAGAGUCCUUGGCUGAGACAGAAGUGGCAAGUGAUAACUUAGAGCAGAAAGCAGCAGAGAGUGUUGAGGAGCCUUUGCUCCCUGAGGUCAAGGAGGAGAGAACCAGGAGGAGCCAAUUCGUGCAGGGGCUUGUCUUGUCCCUGAUGUUUGACGACAUCUUAUGAAGAGAGCAACCCAAAAGGAGAGUGGAGAAGGCAGCUCUUGCUACCAGCAAACAGGCCUUACACCAAGCACAAGGUGCUGCCGUAGCUGUUGUAAUGUUUCGCCGAUUUGCCAUCGGAAGAUGGUGAACAUUGCUCCGGGAUAAUGGGGAGAUGAAUUGUGGAUAUGGAUAUUUCGUAGUAUGCAUCGUCAUUGCAUGAAUAAUAAUAGAGUAUAUGUAUGUAUAGUUUGGUAGCAUCAUGGUACCUGGUAUUAUGGGGCCUUGUAUGUAUAUUGGGAGGCCGGAAUGGAUCCUAUCUAUCGUAAUUCAGCCAUUUGAUCA